CAAAGGCUGCUGGGAAAUUUUCUCUGAGGAAGCACGAUGAGCUGCUAAAACAUCAGGGAGCUGGUUGGCGGAUGCUAGUACAGCAGGGAGAGACAGUCGCAUCUCCAGUCAUGGAGGACAUCAGCAGUGUGAUGUCCUGGUUUUCCAGCCCCGUGUACAGCCGUUACUGGCAGCACUACCAGCAGGCGAUGGCCUGGCACCAGCGACACAGGCGGGCCUACAGAAAGGCCUUAGAAGCCGCCUAUGGCCCUGGAUACAGCCAGGAGCAGCCUCCCAGUGGUCACCAGCGCUAUGCAGACUGGCAUGAGGGCGAGUGUGGCACGGAAGAAGAGGAUGAAGAAGAGGAGAGCAGCUCGGACAGCGAGAUCGAGUGUGACGUCAGUAACAUGGAGAUCAGCGAGGAGCUUCGGCAGUACUUUGCGCAGACGGAGAGGCACAGAGAGGAGCUGAAGAAGCAGCAGCAGAUGGAAGCUGAACAGCAGGACAGCUACGUGCCGGCCGACCAGGACCUGCACGGCGUCUCCUGGCGAGGAAGCGCGGCUCCUCCCCUUGAGCGACCGGGUGAGAGACGAAAAGCGGAGAUGCAGAAGCUUUACGGCAAGGACUCGGCUAAGAUCAUGGCUAUGGAGGCAGCAAUGCAGCUCACUUUUGAGAGAAACUGUGACCUGAAACAGCCAAAAUACUGGCCUGUCAUUCCACUGAAACUGUGACAGACAUGGAAGAAAUCAAGCAAUGCAUGGAGGUGCCUGACUGUGCUGGUGUAGAACUAAUAGUGGGGUUAACUGAAGUUUAAGGUCAUUUUAAGUACAGAAAGAUGCAUAGAUUAGUUUAGCUUCUGCUCAGAAAGGAGCUGACUUUACAGACCUGUUGGAUUAUUCUUAUUUAAAUACCUACAGGAGUUAUUUUUUACCUUUGUCUGCCUGUCUGCUAUUUGAAAACACAAUAAGCAGCACUAAACUCUGCUCCACAGGUCACAGGUACAGUAGAGCUGCUGCUGCAGGUGAUGUAAAUGUAUUCAAACAACAUGUGCCUGCGUGUUUCCUCCUAAUCUCUUCCUGUUUACCCUCCAGCUCGCCAAUGUUACAUGCUGCAGUGGGUCCUCUUAUGCCUGUCAACUCAGUUUAACCACAAAAAAAAAAAAAACGUUUAGACCCUCCUCCUGCACUGAAAUUUAGAAAAAGUGUUCCCGCAUGGCUGCUUCUGAUAUUCCCCCUGAACAACAAACACAAAGACUGAUUUGUUGUUGUUGCUGCUAAACUGUGCCUCUCUGAUUCUGACAUCAUGUUCAAAGCCGUUUCCUCAGGAGAGACACUGAUUAUUCUCUUUUAUCUGCUGUUGCGCCAUCCAGCACCCUUUUUCUUUUUUUAAACAGAUGGAAGUGUGUUUUAAUAUAAACUCUGUUUAUAAUAAAGUGUUUUAUGUUUGGAAUAAAA